CGUCUUCCUGUGCGGAAUAACGCCGAGUGCCGUUCAAUCUCCGGCGAAGUCCUCCGACGAAGUCAUCGGCCGUUCCUACCACAGCACACAGUUCAGGUUGGACAUUAUUUCAUUAUUUUUUCUCGUUCACGCGUAUUGUUAUUAAUUUUUUUCCCUAUCAAAGUCUGCCGUUCAUUUUUUUCGUUCCACUCUUUCCGACCGUCCCGUAAUAAUAUUGCUGUCUAUUGCGCUAUAGGUAAUAACAACAGUCACUGAUAAUAAACAACAGCGCUGAAUAAUUAACACCUCGGUAAAAGUAUACGAUCGCAUUCGAGCGGUCAUAAUGUUUAUCGUCGCGUGUGGUUUUUUUUUUUCUUCGUAACGCUUUUUUUUUUCCUUUUUUUGUCCGUUCGUUACAACAAUAAUAACUUGCUGUAAACAAAUAUCCCAACGGCAUAGCAAGUCGAAAAUAUCUACGGGGACAACGCGCUCACCGAAUCCGACAGCAAUAACAUUCUUAUCUAUUUUUAUCUAUACACGAUUGACAACAAUCAUAACAAUAACAAUCAACAUAAUAAGUACGGUCACGAUACGUCGCGAUUCAACGUCUCAUAUUUUUCACGUUUCAGAUUAGUCCGGUGUCCGUUGGAAAAGCGCACGUAGCAACCGACCAGCCGCAGCCAUGGCCGACGAUGAAGUGAGUGUCCUACCUCUCCCACCUUGCCCCCCUUUUCCCCUCCCCGGACCGGUCUCCCGAUGGCCGUUUGUUUAACGCGUUCGUUUUUCUCUCGCUACAGGCAAAGAAGGCGAAACAGGCGGAAAUCGACCGCAAGAGGGCCGAAGUACGUAAGCGUAUGGAAGAAGCGUCCAAAGCCAAGAAGGCCAAGAAGGGUUUCAUGACCCCGGACAGAAAGAAGAAACUCCGUGUAAGUGGCCCGGAUUUCGCGCGGCUAGCGACGGGGUGAUUAAUGGGUGUUGUUUUUAUUUUCUUUCUGCUUUCGCGCCCUCAGCUGCUUUUGAGAAAAAAGGCCGCCGAAGAGUUGAAGAAAGAACAGGAACGCAAAGCGGCCGAGCGGAGACGGAUCAUCGAAGAACGGUGCGGACAACCGAAGAACAUCGACGACGCCGGCGAAGGUAAACGAGCGUUUCGAUUGUUUGAAAAUUCGUCGGAUUUUCUACUUUUUUUUUUUUCACCAUUUCUUUUUUUCUGGCGGCCGGCCGAAAUCCGUUCGACCCCACCGCACACAACACGAUAAUAUUAAUGUAGGACGAAAAUAAUAAACGGUUGCAAUUUUUUUUUUUUUUCUGUUCGCUGCGUCGAACGCAUUAUUAUUGCAUGUAGAUACGAUCAAACGGGUGAUCAAAGAGUAUUACGACCGGAUCACGAAAUUAGAAGAUCAAAAGUUCGACUUGGAAUACGUCGUGAAAAAGAAAGAUUUCGAGGUUGGUUGGCGGAGACGGUGUUGUUUUUUUUUUUUUUUUUUUUCAUAUGUUUUUCAAGCUAUUAGCCUUCGCCGGAGAAUUUCAUACGUAUAUUUGUUUUUUUUUCUGUUCCUCACGCUUUUUCGCGUCCGAUUUUCGUUCAGCCCAUUCUAUACCGUCUCGGGUGGUUUUUUGGCUUGGCGUCAACGUCUUCGCAUAUAUAUAUAUAUAUAUACGCAUCGCGCAUCGCAAGGGCAUCUGCGUUUGACGUUUUGUUUUUUUUUUUAUCCGCGCAUUCGUACGCGCGUACGUGCGCUGGCCAACGUCAACACUAACGCUUAAUUAAAAAAAAAAAAAAAAAAAAAAAUUAAAAAAAAUCGUCGCCGCGCAGUAACGUUGCCAAAAACGGCGCGCGUUCGGCGCCGCACCCGCGCGCACGAAGCCGUCCGUCGGAAUCGUUCGCGCGGACGUCGAGACGUUUUCGCGUUGUUUUACCGAAAUAAUCGUCGCCUUUACGCGAUUGUUUCGCGCGCGACCACGGGCCGCCGGGGUCCGCCCGCGCGGCGUGUUCGGACGGACCCGCGGGGACGGGCGCGGCGCUCGCGCGUUAUUUACGACUUUCGUCCGCGCGCCCGGGGAAAAAUAAACCCGAAAAAAAAUAAAAAAAACAGCGCGUUUUUUACGCCGCGGCCGUUCCGGUAACGGCGCACGCUGUACGAACCGUUUUAUACGUUACAUGCACAACACCCCGGUACGCAUAAAACGUAUACGACUGCGUGACGACCGAGACGUUUUUAUUUCAUUUUUUUCAUUUUUCGGAGUUCGCGUAGUAACGGCGAUACAACGCUGCACGCGCGCUCAACGGACCCGCAAGGUUACCGUCGUCGACCCGUCAAAUUUACAAUAAAACAAAACGCGUUUUUCCAAUUUCGUCAUUGCGAAUUGUAAUCCGUCCAAUCAGUGUAACCGAUCGUCGCAUGCAUCUUAGGCGAUUAACAUAUGAGAUGCGACGCAUAGUAGGAUACGUGAAAUGACGCAAUCGAAUUCGAUCGACAGUAAUUAUUUUACCCGAUCAUUUCUGUUCGGUCGCGGCCGAAAAAAACAAAACAAAAUUCUAUGCAGUACAAUACGUGUCGUAUAACUUCACUGUAUUCCGACCCUGGACACAGUACACAGUCGAAUCGAAAUUUUUUUAUUAUAUUGUUUUCGUGUGUUAAAAUAAUAAUAAUAAAAAAAAAAACCCCACGCGGUACGUCACUGCAGUUUCCCGGAGUCGUAUACCCGCGCAUAACGUUUCCAAACUGCCGGAGUUGGUAUUCGGCCGCGGUAUUUUGUUGUUAUUUGUUUUCCCCCCGUUCGCUGUCUCACAGUAAUCGAUGUUUAGAGGAGCUCGCGGAAAUAUGCGAAGAAUUAUGGAAACGGUUUUACGAUUUGGAAGGCCAAAAGUUCGACUUGGAACGGAGUGUCCGAAUGAAAGUUUUCGAGGUAAUUCGCUCGUACGCACGGCCGCGAUGUCGGAGUCUCCGCAUCCUGUUGAUCGAAUGCUAUUACCUAUAAUAUUAUUUUUAUUUUUUUUUUUCUAAUCACGAAUUCCCGCGUUACCCUAAAACUCCCAAAAACAACCCGCACGUCGCAUUGCCGUUCGAUUAACACGCACGCGGAAACGUCGCGUCGUUAAUCCGACCGCGUUAACGAUACGCCGGCGUUUUUCGCCCUUUCGGAUGCCGUCCCGCGCAUGCGUCCUCUACGGUUUUUUUUUCCCCGCGAACGUUCCCGAGGGCGAACGCCUUAACGCUCACCGCGGCCCGGCAAUCGAGACUUGACCGGAAACACCGCAAGAAAACCGCGAAAUCGAAUCCGCCGAACCCGGGCCCGGGAACGGGAGACGCCCGGCCCGCCCCGAGAGCGUAGGGUCCCGCGGUCAUCGGUCCGCGAACGGAACCCAGCACCGGACGCUUGCACCGUCGGCGUCGGAAUCCGUGCGCCGCGCACUGCGUAAACACGGGACAGCGCAUUGUCGUUUCGCGGACGUUCGAUUAAAACGGGGGAACGUUGUCGCGGCCGGGGCGAGAAACGACAACCGCCGAGACGGAAACCGCGAGGACUUUUACCGCGACGGCACGUCGUUUCUGCCGGUAACGCACGGUGCUGUUUGUCUUCCGGGAUAGCGACGUCGAGGAACGUGUUUUGUUUGUUUUUUUUUUCCACGCCCCUACCCAACCCCCCCCCCCCCCCCGGAUAAUAUAGACGUUUGCGAAACGACGCGAACGCGUACGUUUAGUGUCGAAUUUUACAACGUUUAGAGAUAGAAAAAAAAAACGAAAAUCGUCAAAGUUUGUAUUUUUUCUACGCAAAUCGUACGUGCGAUCAAUUUACGCUCGCGGACUGUUAACGCAGUAUUCGGUAUUACGCUCCGAACGCGAACAAUAUUAACAAUUGUUGUCCGCACGACAAAAUUUUUUAUACAAAUAAAAAGUUUUGUCAAACCGGUAAUGAGUACGCCUACGAUUUGGUAUUUGCGGUAUUUGUUUCGGUAUUUUUUUUAUUUUUUGUUUUUUGUCACCUAUUACCGUUACGCAUGAGCCAAACGUACCUGACCCACCAAUAACCCACGUCUGUUUUGUUCGCUUACGUAUAUCUAACAUCGUUGUUUGACUUCGUGCACGCUAAUCGCAUAAACGAUUUCCUAUUGAAAUCGGCAUCGAACCGAUCGCGCACACAUACUUAAACAAUGUUUUGUUGGCUAUUUUAGAUCAGCGAGUUGAACAGCCAAGUGAACGACUUACGAGGAAAGUUGUAAGUAUAUAUUCGCGAACAAUUUUAUUGUUGCCGCGUGUUAACGCGCGCAAUAAUAUUAUAUUCCGGUCUAUUUUACAAUGCGGUUUUUUUUCCUCGUCCGUUUUAGCGUUAAACCAACAUUGAAGAAAGUCUCCAAAUACGAAAACAAAUUCGCGAAACUCCAAAAGAAAGCGGCCGAAUUCAACUUCAGAAACCAACUGAAAGUAGUGAAAAAGAAGGAGUUCACCCUGGAAGAAGAAGACAAGGAGGUUCGUUUCGCGGUCAUACUAAAAUUAAAAUUACAUUAUCGUUAAUCUUUACCACGCACACACUAAUACUAAUGGUUUUUUUUUUCCUAUUCCGUUUUUGUUUUUCGAUACAGAAAAAACCAGAUUGGUCCAAAAAGGGAGACGAGAAGAAGGUAAAAGAAGAAGUGGAAUACGAGGCAUAGACCUCCGACAAACUUCAUUGUUCGCAACGAAUAUUGCACAUUUUUGCCCAGUUUUAUUUAUUUUCAUUUAUUCUAUACUAUAAUAUUAUGUUCAUUCAACACCAGCAUGUAAUUGUACUAUUAACUAUAACCAAAAUAUUUGUUGUCAAAUCUGACGGAUCAUAAAUGUCUCUCAUUAAAGUUAUAUUUCGUGUUUAUGUUUAUUAACAAAUCUAAAAUGAAAAAAACAACCCCUGUGUACCCUGUGUUACCCUUUAUACGUUAUCCCUGAACAAAUCUUAUUAUUAUACUAAAAUCGUUUUGAAUUUAUUUUAACGCACUGCGUAUACGGAAAAAAAAAUGUAUAUUUUAUUACUAUUCGUUUGUUCCAAAAAAAAAAAAAAAAAAAAAAAAAAAAAAAAAAUAAUAGACAUAAUUUUUAAAAUUAUUAUUAUUAUUAUUUUUUUUUUUUCACUAAUAUUUUUACAUAAUACUGUACAUGCGCCUCGAACGAGUCCUUAAAACGAAUAAUUCUGUUUUUAUAACGGUUCCGUUCCUACCUAAAAGUAAUACCCUAUACAAAAACAAGAAACACCACCCCCGCACCCGUUUUUUAUCCUUAACACAAAUAUUUCCAAACAAAAAAAAAAAAAUAAAAACCCUCUUGUCCUAUCGCAUUGUGCGUCGCAUAACACAUGGCAAUGAUCGUUCAAAAAUGGCCGAUCGACAAUUUUACAGGAACCACCGACCAAAACAUCGUCGCCCGCACGAAUCUCAAUGUCAAUCCCUUUGCAUACACUAUCCGUUUGUAAACGUGUUUAUAGAGUUUAUAUGGAUUUUUCCGAUCCGUUAUGUGUUAUCCGUUCUUUUCCAUAUAAGACACGUUUGCUGCUAAGUGUCUACGGGAACAAUCGGCGCUGGUAUUCAGGUAAAUUAUCGAACGAUUUUUUUUUAAACAUAUUUUUGUUUUCCGAAAGGAUAACUCGUAAAAAAAAAAAAAAACCGCAGACCAUAUCGCGCCGGUAUAGAGUGACGAAGGUAAACGCUCGAGAGAAAUAUCCCGGGACCGAUCCGUUUUGAGGCCAUGAUAUUUUGAGGCUCAGACGUCUUUUUUUUUUUCGUCUUCCCAGUUUACAUCUAUCUUUAGCCCCGUUAUAGUCUCUUUAGCGAUUGCUCCCGGACUAGUUACACACAUGAAACGAGAAAUAACUAUCACGCGAGCGAGUGUCAUUCAGAAGGAAAACAAGGGUUCGAUAUUGAUAUCGUAUUACGAAAAAGUCGACUGGACCAGUUUCCACCGAAACGAACCUUUUCCCUUUUACGCCGAAAGACGUAUCGGCCGAUUUCCAACAAAACAAUAACCUACGUACCUGAAAAAUUCUACGGUCACGGUGGUCCGAUAGGACAUCGCGGUUUCAUUCGCUGAUCAAAAUCACGCAUUGACACUGCAUGUUGUUACGGAAAACAAUCAUCCCGUGUGCGUAAUACAAUUUAUAUUUGUAUUAACUUUAUUAGUGUUGGUUUCUGUUAAUUACCGCAAAAUUUGAAAUAAAUAUUUGGUAUUCAAGGCCUGUUUUACGUGUUUUCCUAUCGUGGUAUGCGUGUUUGAAAUACGCGUCUCGUAUGCCGAAUUUCGAACAUUCGUUUCGUGCACCGGCGAACUUCUGACGGAUAUCGAUCAAUAAUAUCUGUUUUUGGUGGAAACACGCGUUUGGGUGGAAAAGGGAGAGUUGAUUCGUGUUGGCAGAGACGGGUACAGGCGGAAAUCGACAGGCGGCGCAUUUGACGGAAACAUGUAUUGGCGCAAAACGGAAAGGUUCAUUUCGGUGUAUAACGGUAACGCCCCUGAAAUCAUUAAACUUAUAACGUUGAAAAAAAAUAAAAAACCGCCGAAAGAGUGUGUACGGAAAUAUUUACGAGCAAAUAAUGAUGGAUAUCCGCGGGGAUCAGGUGAAAUAAAAUAUGAUGUAUGAGUCGAGAGAACGAGGCGCAACGAAAAACAUGCAAAAUGUCGUGCGAAGAGAUUAAAAUACGUUAAAUUUAGGCGGGUAACGAAAAUUGCGUCUACCGGAGUGCAGGUUUUUUUUUUUUAAUUUCUUCAUUUAAUCUUCAUCGUGUCCGGGGAGAGGGGCGGUAUACAAUAGGUUGUUGACCUCGAUGUGUAUAUAUAUAAAAGCGGAAUUUAAUUUAAUUAAAAAUUAUAAUAACAAUAAUAAAAUCGCUGAAUCCGAUAAAUUCGAGGCACCCAGCUGUUUUCAAUCGCUUUGACACGUAUUCUGUACAAGAAGUAAAAAGUUCGAGUUUAAAGAAAAACUGUCGCCAUUAAUUGGCUAUACAAAUAUACCGUUCCCGAAAUUUAACGUUUUCGCCUAUCGUCGGACACUUAUUGGCGAAACUUUUUUUCCGAUAUUUUGACACGAUCGUGUUUUUCGUCAGCGGGAAAUGGCGCUAAAUUUCAGGACCGGGAAACGAUCCCGAAUAUCCAGGCCCGGAUUAAGGCGUAAGCAAGUGUAGAAUACAACCUACGCUACUGGUCAUUUUGAAAUCGAGGACAAGGGGGCGAAAUAUUUCUUUCCUGUUUUUCCCAAUUAAUAUGAAAACCCUUUGGAAAACUAAAAAAUGACCUCCUCGUCGCGCCAACUAAACGCAACAAAAAAAGUCUCUCUUAAUUUUUCGGUCAAAGCAAGUUUUGUGGUAAUUUAAAGUUGUUAACACGGAGAAAAAACGUAAAAAAUAAAAGCGACCAAAGCAUUAAUAGAACUAACACGUUUCUCGCUCCGAUCAGAAUCUAAAAACAAAAAAAACAGCGUAGUAAAACCAAUAAUUAUUAAUUUAUUGUCUAUCAUUAUGAAUACACAUUUGUGAAAGCAGGACUUGACAGAGUUUCGCCGUUCGUCACUGAAAACUCAUAGUCGGUAUAUUCUUGUAAAAUGUAAUAGUAGGCACUUAUUUCUUUUACAGUUUACGAGCACUGUGCUCGGGGCCUGACUUCUGACACUAUUUCCGUUAGAAUUUAACGAUCCACCCUCGUGGAUUUUGGGUGCUUGCCGGAGUGAUUGGGCGUACGUUUUCAAUUGUUUAGAUUAUUAUUGAAUCUUAAAAUGUUCAAUAAGUUUUCACUGAGGAGCCCGGUUGCCGGUACGUUUUUUAUUUUUUUUAAACUCAAACGAGAAAAACUCACAUGCCUCGCUGAUCGGUCCGAUUUCGACGAUUAUUUGUCUUAUCCGGAAUAGGAAGAUUAUCUACAAACCGCAAUGAACUCCGUUUUUUAAUAUUUUCGUCUCAAAUCGUAAUCGUAUGUAAUAUGUUCUUAAAAACUUAACUUAAUGUCCCUAAAUUUUUUUUUUACCGUCUUUGUGUACCAUUAUUUGAAGUAAAUUAAUAAGAACAGUAGAAAAAAAAAUUAUGUUGGAAAUAACGAAUUAUCCCUAUUACCAAAAAGUCGUGUUCGUCUAUAAAAACGGCCGUACCUCUUCGCCCUUAAUUAUUUAUUUAUUUAUUUGUUAACUAUAACACAAAUGCUGGCAGUUUAAUUCCAGAAGAUCUUAGACUAACUAGUACUAGGUGGGAAGGGUGACAGUAGCGGAUUAAUUUAAACCUAGAAGAAAAAGUGUAAUGGGACCAGACUAAGCAGUAUUGAGUAGACGCAAAGCGCGGUGAAGGGAAUUAUUAAACCCAUAAGAGAGGAAGUGUUGAAGCACGUGGGGAAAAAGAAUGGUUUUUGGUGGAGAAGGUGGGGACCCGGAAAUAGAUGGUUGACAGUUAAUCUGGGGCAUCGAUGGUUCCAUCGAGAAGAGGAUAGACGGAGGAGACAUCAGCCUUAAUACGGCAAAAACAAAAGUUGGUAGGUCAAGAACAGGGUCCUAGGUCGAAAUAUAUCUGGUCAUAAUAUCUCCGGUCAUAUUAUCUCCGACAAAGUAUCUACAGUUAAUAAUAUCCCCAGUAAGAAAUAUCUCCAAUAAAAAAUAUCUCCGGUACAAAAUGUCUCCUAAUAAAAUCUCUAGGAUUUAUAUGAAUAUUUUUGAUUACCUAUUAAUUUCAGAUUGUAAGCAAACCCUCUUAAACAAAAUAAAAUAAAUAUUCGAUUGAACAAAAAUUAAAUAAAUAUUUUAAAAAUAAUUAACUCUCGAUGUAAUUGUAUCACACGCCAUACCUAACCUUAGUGUAGGAACUCGUAAUCGUGAAAAAUAUUUCAGAUAAUACUACACAAUACUAAUAUUGUGAUUAGUUAUUAUUUCCUGUGGGAUAUUUCUAUUAAAGAUAUUUUCAUAGGAGAUAUUCUUAACUAGAGAUAUUUUUAAUUGGAGAUGUUUUGAUCGGUCACCCAAGGAAAGAACGGAUGAUUGAAUAGUCGUGUUGUCAAUGAUAAAUUUUUAAACAGUAGGCAAUAAGUAACGGAAACUGCUCGCGUUUAAUGCGAAGCUGGUCGCGCGCGAAGCGAGGACGCCAAACUACUACGCCGCAUUCGAGUAUUGGCCGUACGAGUGAUGUGUAAAGUGCACGGAGACAGAGGCGAGAAGAAAAGUGUGAGGUAUUUCAUUUGAUAAAAACUCAGAAUUCUCAGAGCUCAGCCAAUGAUGAAAUUGAUAUAUGGUGUUUAAAUAACAAAUUGGGUGUAAAAUAGAUACCUAAAUAUUUUGCGAAAGCGACGCGAUUAAUUAGGCAGCCGCUAAAGGAAUAGUGGUGGGAGAUGGGUGAGAGACUUUUGGAGAAUGAUAUUAUGUGGCACUUUCCAAUAUUAAGACAGAGGUAGACCUUGUUAACUCAAAUGCAGAAAGAACCAAGGUGGGAUUGAAGGCGAAGACAAUCAAACGGAAAAUUGACUGUGAUGAUGAAUAAUUUUAUGUCAUCGGCAAAUAGAAGGGCUUUGGCAGAAGUCAGAUUGGAUUAGAAUGGCAGUUGGCGAUAUACUGUCGACGAUUGACAUUCACGAAAUUUCGAACGGCGUAAUUAUUAAAAAUAAUAUACUAUUUGAGAUGGGUGUUAAGAUUUUGUAAAAAUUACACAUCGGCGAUGAAACAGUCUAGAUAAUUAUUUGUAAUUAUGUCCGCGGAGCCGCGUUGGCGACGGGUAGGUGGGUUAACGUACCUAUACGUGUUAUACGAUGGUAAAAAACGAAAUUGUUACUAUUAUAAUUUUUUUUUUUUUUUUAAAUCUCGAAAACUGAUCAUCGUUUUGUUGUCGAUUAAAAAGGGCGAAGGAGACGACGGCGAGUGCACAGAAGACGAAAAGACCGACGACGGAUUGACUACCGAAGGCGAAUCGGUCGGAGGCGAUCUUACAGACGCGACCGAAGACGCGGCACAGAGCGACAGCGAGCUACUCGAAGAACCGGUUGUCGAACCGGAACCAGAACCUCAACCACCGUCCCCGGCGCCGGAAGGUAAUUUCCGUUCGGAUAGGAUUUUUCGCUCGACAACGGCGCGGUGUUAAUUGAUUUUUGUAUUUUUUUUUUUAUUUGUCCCUCAGAGCUGUGGGCUUAUCUCAAGGAUACCGUGUGCUCGAACAACCCACUCAGCGUCGACGACCUGGUUGACAAACUGAUGACCGCCGUCACCGCCAUACCACAACCCCUACUCAACUCCGUGGUCAAAGACACCAUCAAAAAACAGAAAUCGAUUGACGAAGGUGACUAUAAUAUACCAUGCAAAUCGCAAUCCGUUGCUUUUUUUCUUUUGAUGAAAUGUCACUUUUUUGUUACUACGUUUGAUAUAAGCCACUAUAAGUCAAUUAUCGUUUUCGGUACAAAUUUCCGAUAAAGUUCAUCAUGAUUUGGGAUUUCAACAAAAAAUAUUUUCUUUUUUUUUCAUCAUUUCUCAUACAUCGUACUGUUUUUAACUAUUUUAUUGUUUAAUAAACAUAAAACAGCGGUUGGCCAUGAAUAACGUGUGUUACGUGAUGUCCAGCCGUGUUUUCCCGAUGAGUAUAUCUCUGUAUAUAUUGGAAUUUUUAUUCUUUUUCAAUUGUGUUUUGUUAAUGGAUCAUGUCUUAAAAAGAAAAAAAAACACACAUUUUUAUAUUUACCCCUAAAUCGCUGGGUAAUGAUGAAUGUUAUUUAAUGUUGCCUAUGUUUGUUGCGUUAAAAUGCGUUUACAUCAAUAUUUAUUUAUAAAGUGGCUAUAUUGAAAAUCGAACGAACCAAAAAAAAAAAAAUAGGUUUUUCCUUCUAACGGUGAAGGGAUGAAAAUGGAAAUACAAUUUUUCUCCAAACACAUAUAAUGUGUUACCCUCGUACAAAAUCUGAUUGAGAAAAUUUAAUAUUAUCGUCGGGAAAACACGGUGGGACAUAAAUAUAUAAAUAUAAACGAACGCAUUAACUGAAUAUCACUAAAAUUUACUAAUUUAGAACAUCGAGUCACUUUCUCCCACUUUUGUAUCCUAGUUUUCCGCCGAUAACAUUGAAGUCUCGUUUCAAAAUGUAUGCUGUAUAUUAUCAUAUAAAACUAUAGGUGAUGUAGUCCCUGCAUGUUUAAAACGUUUUAUACAAUAUACAGGUUUAAAACGUUUUAAACUUUCGAAAAUUUUAUUAAAAUAACUAACGUUAUGUAUAACUAUAUCAUGUUCCUAUUCGUUUCCAAAUUAUAUAUGAAAAUCAACAGUCUCAGUUACGUUUGGACGAACGAGUACAAUUUUUCUAAUUCGUAUUUUGUCCUUAAUUAACUAUGGAAACAUUGUAUUUACAAUUACCUAUAACUAUUGUAUGUGUAGAAGAAAAUAAAUGUUUCAAAAUAAGAACACGUUUAGAACGUGUGCACUACGUCAUUAUUAUUAUACGGUAAAUUUGUAAAUAAGUAUACAUUUGGCGUGAAAACGUUUUCGAAGAAAUUUCCCAAUCACACAAUAAAAAUGAUCGCAGCGACUAUUUCUAUGUGCAUUACGACGCAUUUUGUGCACUACAAUAAAUUAAAAUGCGCACCUGCCCACUUGCGUAUAUAUUAUAGACGAGCCACGAGGUUUCGCAGAUGUAUGGAAAACAUUUUAUUUGUUUUAUAUCUACAGUGUAAUCAAUCCUCGAUAAGACACCAAAAUUUCGUAUUGACAUUUUCGGCUUUUUUUUUUUUUUUAAACAACUUGUAAAACAAAUAGUAGCUCUAAAACGUUACAUUGCCGUUAUUUUUCGUUAUGCUUAUUUUCGGGGGUGAAACUAAUAUUUUAGAUUUUACAUUAAAAAUUUUGCAUCAUACAUUAAAAAUAAUUCCAUAAACAUAGAUGACGGUUUAGUUAAAAUGUAUUUUGGCGUUGAGAUUUGUGAUUUUCGUCAACGCCGAUGUACACACCAAACUCAAAUGCGUGUGUGCGAACCACGGAAAGUCGGGAAAAAAAAUAGCCGCGGAAUAAUUUUGACUUGAGCAAGAUUGUGUAAACUCUGUAAAACUGGAUUUUUAUGUCGAUAAAUUUGCAUUUUAAAAUCUCCCUAUACGCGCGCGACCCGCUCUCGAAUAAUCGAAAUCCGGCGGAUUCGAAAACACCAGCUCGGUUUUUAUGUAGACCGGACGUUACUGUACAAAUAUUUUUGUACGUGGGUAGUGCGAUUGAUGAGAUCCGCCGAACCGUUGUUCCGGCACAAACCAUCACCGGAAGGGCUUUCGUUUCCGGGUAGAGUCUCGUCUUCGUAUCCACCGCGGUGUUUAGUUCGCAAACGAUUUAUUUUGUUGUUUUUUUUCUUUCGCAGGACUCGAAGGCGGCCCACCGGCCGAAGGCGACCCCGCGGCGCCCGCAGAUCCGGCGGCAGUGCCGGCCGAAGGAGAUCCCGCGGCGCCCGCCGACCCGGCGACUGCUGAGGUGGCGGCGACCGUCGAGGGGGAACAGCCGGCAGCGGCACCGGACGCGGCUCCAGCCGACGGUAGUCCCGCGGAAGCGCCGCCGGCCGAAGCCACGGAAGCCGGCGCAGCAGCCGAACCGGCGCCGGACGCGGCCGCAGCGACGGACGCGGCCGCGGUGGCGCCGGACGCAGCGGCUACGACGACGGAAGCGGCGCCGGCGGCCGCCGAGGAGGCCGUGGCACCGACAGUCGCAGAAGCGGCGCCGGCACCGGAACCAGUUGCGUCAGGUACAGUACACUGCCUAUGGCCCACUCCUUGA